CGGCAGACGCACCAUUUUGGAUUUUCAGGCUACAGUAGCUAGCUGUGGCUGUUAGCUCCCACGGCGCUUCGUCUCUUUGACAGAAGUUAUUUUUCCCGCUUUGUUAGUAAAGUUUAGCAGAGAGGGAGCAGCUCGGCGAACAGAUCCAAGCCUCAGUGUUUGUGUCUGUGAGAGAAAUGGACGGAGAAGAGGACGACUUCAUGUCCGGGAAUCAGUCCGAUGAUGGAGGUGGCACUCCAGUUCAGGAUGAACACCAGUCCGACGGCGAGGAGAUGAGGAGCGACCGACACCAGUCCGAGGACGAGGGCAGCAACGAUGAAGAUGCUCCACAGGCUAUGGAGACCGGCGAGGCAGCCAGCGGCUCGGACAACGAAGACCACAGAGGGGCUGACAGCGACUCUGAUGGCGAGGCUCCGAGAGGCCACAAUGAUGACGACAAAAGCGACUCGGAGGCAGAGGCUCCUCGGCCCGCUGACAGUGACGACGACUCUCCGGUCAAACGCAGGAUGAGCGAAUCAGACAAUGAGGAGUCUUCGCCCGUCAAACAUGGAGCGUCAGACAACGAGGAGGAAGGAGGGUCGUCUCCAGUCAGACGAAAUUCAGACAAUGAGGAGGACGGAGGGUCGUCUCCAGUCAGACGAAAUUCAGACAACGAGGAGGAGGGAGGGUCGUCACCCGUCAGACGAAACUCAGACAACGAGGAGGAGCGAGGGUCGUCUCCUGUCAGACGACGAGGGAGCAGCUCAGACAUGGAGGAGAGGCCCAAAACGGCUGGAGACAGCAACUCAGAGAACGAAGACGCCAAACCUGUGGCGUCUCCAGGCCAGCGGUCCAAUGAUGACAGUGACUCUGACAGAGAGACGCCGGCCAGGCGAAAGAAGGCUCAGAUAGACUCUGAUGAUGAGGAGGAGGAGAAACAGGAGGGGGAGACGAAGGGAAGAGGAGGGAAGUGGAAGGCUGUGAUGCAGUCUGACAGUGAGGAGGAGGAGGGAGGAAGGAGGAAGGCUGCAACAGGAAGUGAUGAAGAGCAGGAGGAGGGGGAGAAGAGGCAGAGAGAUGACAGUGAAGACGAGGAUGAUAAGCCAGUAAAGAGGAAGAAGGCCAUCCUGUCAGACAGUGAGGAUGAGGAUGAGGGGAAGGCAGACAAACCAGUUAAGAGGAGUCGGGCGAUGUCCGAUGACGAGAACUCGGACAGUGACGGGGAGUCAGGAGGUCCGGAUAAAAGUCUGGCAGCCAAACUCCGAGAGCUCGGCUCAGACAGCAGCAGUGAAGAUGAAAGAUCGAAAGCUACGCCGGCAAAGAAGGACGAAAAGGCGCUUUUCGGCAGUGACAGUGACUCUGGAGACGGAGAUGAGGAGGAGAAAAUGAUCGCAGACAUCUUUGGAGAGUCUGGAGAUGAGGAGGAGGAGGAGUUCACGGGCUUCAACCAGGAGGACCUGGAGGGAGACAAGAAGGAGUCGAAGGAAAAGCAGCAGGAGCAUCAGGUGGACGACGAGUCCGACUCUGAUGAAGGAGUCGACCGCAGCGGACAGGACACCAGCUUCAUGUCAGACUUCGACAUCAUGCUCGCCAAGAGAAAAGCCAUGAACAGCAAGAAAAGGCGGCACCGCGACGGUGGGACGUUCAUCAGCGACGCAGACGACGUGGUCAACGCCAUGAUCCACAAGAUGAAUGAAGCUGCAGAGGAGGAUCGAACUCUGAACAGUCAGAAGAAACCAGCGCUGAAAAAACUCACCCUGCUGCCACAUGUCGUCAUGCAUCUGAAAAAACAAGACUUGAAGGAGACGUUCAUCGACAGCGGUGUGAUGUCGGCCAUUAAAGAGUGGAUCAGCCCUCUACCAGACAAAUCGCUUCCUGCUCUGAGAAUCAGAGGAGAGCUGCUCAAGAUCCUGCAGGAGCUGCCCAGUGUGAGUCAGGAGACUCUGAAACACAGUGGCAUCGGACGAGCCGUCAUGUUUCUGUACAAACACCCAAAAGAGUCUAGAGCCAACAAAGACCUCGCUCUCAAACUCAUCAAUGAGUGGUCGCGGCCGAUCUUUGGCUUGACAUCAAACUACAAAGGGAUGACGAGAGAGGAACGGCAGCAGAGAGAUCUGGACCAGCAGAUGCCCCAAAGACGAAGACUCAGUCAGCCUCAGAAGGUGGAGAGGGCGGAGGAACCUGACGUCUUCUCUCCACCAAUCAGUUCUGGAGGUCAGACGCCUCGCAGAGACCUGGAGAAACAACUGACCGGGGAGGAAAAGGCCCUGAGACCCGGGGACCCCGGCUUCUGUGCCAGGGCUCGAGUGCCGAUGCCUUCGAACAAAGACUACGUGGUCCGACCAAAGUGGAACGUGGAGGUGGAGUCAAAUAGGGGUCCGGUGAAAAAGGUGAUGUCCCGUGUGGAUAAACAAAUGCGUAGGUUUGCCGACAUCCGCCGCCUGACGAAGACAGGUCACGCUGUGAAAAUCAGCGUGGAGGGAAACCGGAUGCCGCUUUGAUUUUAACACCUCUAGGAUUUUUUUUUUCUUUUUAAUGUGCUGCUCCUGAAGUUACCCGUCAUUCCCUGCCUUUUAACCCCCUUACUCCCCCUCCUCCGGUCCAGCUCUGCCUUACUGAAGAGCCCACAUCUGAUUUCUUUGACUCACUUUUAAUAAAAUAUCUGUUGUAAACAUGAAAUGCAGGAACUCCUCUGGUCUUUGGGCAAAAGCGUAGUUUCUUUCCAAAAUUAUCCUAUGAAGUUCUGCUAAUAGUGUUAGCUACAUUAGCCCUAGCUAAACCAACCGGAUUCCUGUCAGUCAGUGUAAACAAAAUUGUGUUAGCAUUUUGGUGACAUUUGGGAUAUUACCAGUUAGCUAUGUUGGCAUUUUCCCAAACAAGUUAACUUAUGGCAAAAGUCAGUUACUUAGCAUUACCGCUAGACUAGUUUAAUGUUAAAUAACGUAAGCUAGCCAAACCUCCAAGUUAUCAGACAGCUUUUCUUUUAAUGCACAUUUCUAGCUAAUGUUAGCAUUAAGAGAUUAUAAUGUUAAAACUAUGCUAGGACACAAGAUUAGCUCAUUGUAGCUUCACCACCAAGCUAAGUUGAAUGACAAAAGUUAUCAGUUAGCUUCAUUAGCCUUAUCUCAUCAUUUAUAACAUCUACAGCACUUUUAUUACUAGUUAGCUAUGUUAGCCUUUCCCCAAACGAUCUAACAUAUGGUAAAAGUCAGCCACAUUAGCUCCAAACGAGUUUUAUGUUCAUUAACUUUGCCUCUCAAAGCUAGCCAAAAUUAAAAUUUAGCAGCUAAGUUGUGUGGCUUCAUUAGCAGUAAGCUUCAUUAGCCUUAUAUUACAAUUUUUAACAUCACUGUUUUCCCCUGUUAGCUAUUAGCCUUUUCCCAAACUAGAAAACGAAUGGUGAAAGUCAGCCACAUAAGCAUUUGCUUUCGACUAGUCUUCGGUUAAUUAACAUUUUCAAUCAAAGCUAGCAUAACCUCUUUGUUAGCAGAUAGCUAUUCUUAAGAUUUACCAUUCUAGCUAAUGUUGCCAUAAUGAACUCCAGACAAGCCUAAUGCUAGCUUAACCUCAAAGCUAGCAUAUUGCAUUUCCUCUAAUUCAUGGUUCUUGCCAAUGUUGGAUGUCAUCAUUAGAUGACAUAGUAUGACAUAUGUAUAUAUAUAUAUAUAUAUAUGACAUAUGACACUUAGAUGUCAUCAUAACGCUAGGCCACAGUGUUAGCUUAUCAUAGCUUCAUCGCCAAGCUGAGUUGUAUUGCUAAAGUUAGCAGUUGCCCUCUUUAGCUUCAUCACAUAACUUUUAACAUCUUCAUCACUGUUAUCACCAGUUAGCUAUGUUAGCCUUUUACCAAACUGGCUAGCAUAUAAUAAAACUAAGCCAGAUCAUUCAAAAACUAAGAUGUCAAAGGAACUUUUGGCCACAAUUUUAGCUAUAUUAGCAAUAUUAGCUUCAACACAAACCUAAGUUUUAUGGAUAUUAACAGUCAGCUACAUUAGCCUUAAAAUAAACAUCCACAUUGCACUUCAGUAUAAUCAGUUAGCUAUGUUAGCUUUUUCCAAAACUAAGUUGCUUAUGGUGGUCAACUUUAGCAUUAGCUCCAAACUGAGCUGCUCAGUAAUGCUAAUUAAGGUAGACAAUAAGAGCUAACUUAAGUACAAAGUAGAGCUAACUCAACUCAAUUAGCCAUUCACUUUCCCUCCAGGCUCAUAGCUAAUGUUGCCAUUAUCUUAAUUGUAAAUAAAGCUGCUUAGCAGUUCUUAGCUUCACCAUCAAGCUAAUCCACAGGGCUGAAUGUAGCAGUACUAUCCUUAACAGUCUGCUGUAUAAACUAGCUGUUAGCUUUAUCUGUAGAGUUGUCAUCUUGUGUUAGCAGUAUUAGCACCAGCCUGCUAACAGACAGGCUUUACGCCAUUCAAAAAUGUUAGCCUUUUUGUUUGCAUUCACCCCUAACCAGUUAAUCAGCAAUCACAUUCAUGUCCAGCUAAGUAAGUGUAGCUAAUCUUAGCAUGAACCUUCAGCUGUUAUUUCCAAAAAGCAAGAUUUUAUGAUUUGUGUUCGGAAGCUUUUCCUCCUAACUGCCUAAAAAUAACUUAAAAUAUUUUUUAAACGGUUGUUGAGAUUUUUGCAGUGCUGUUUAAAAACACUGCGUUAGUAUAAAAAGUUUUAUGAAAACAGUUUUACAGAAAAUUAAAACAUUGACAUCAAACCUAGCUGAUAUCCUUACAACCAUCAUUAAACUCAGGUGGUGACUGUUUGAUUUUUAAUGAUUUACUUCAUUCACGAUCAUUUCAUAUGUGAAAAAAACAAAGAGAAUCACAAACAAGUGCCUCUAUGGAGAUUAUAUAUAAGCUAUACGUUUAUGUAUAAUGAAAAGGGCAUAGUAUUAACCCUUUAAAUAACACAAAUCAUUCUUGGUUGAUCAUUUUGGAAAAGUUUUAUGUUUUUGCUCAAAUUACUGAAAUUUUUUUCAAACUUCGAGUGCUGGAUUUGAGAAGACUCCCUCCCUCUCUUUGUUUCUGAAUGUUUUUGCUAAAAGGACAACCAGACCUCGUCUUUAGCCCUUUUUGUCCCCUCUUUGUUCCCAUAGCGGCUGUACAGAAUUCUGUAAACUAACUGCAGCUUGACCUCAGACAUGCCGAAUCUGAAAGAAACAUACAGACGUCUGUGUGUUUGUGUGAAUCAGCUGGAGUGUCUGCACUGUUCAGAAGAUACUUUUCUUAAUAAAGACUCGACAAAAAACUCA